AUGGAGCCUCAGAAGCAAGAGAACCAAGAGAGCGGCUUAACGCUGUUCACAUCCUUCACAGAUGGAGGGGAGACCUCCACCUUGGGCCCGGAGGCGUCGACCACCGCAGUAGAGGACCAGGAGGGAACCCAGGGGGGGUUAAACCGGGCAGGCCCGGAGAGACGUAGAAAAAGGGUGCGGAGGCUGCUGCCCCAAGGGGCGGAGAACCAGUGGGAAACCCCGGAAUGGCACACGACCGACCAGACUGAUUCCAGGGACGGGGAUCCCGAGUCUUCCAGCGGAGAGGAGGAGAAGGCGCAGGCCGUGGGCAGGGAGCAACCAUGGGUGAAGUCGACCUCCUCCUCCCCCAGUAAGAGAAGCCAGAGGCGAGUCGGGAAGAGCCGAGCCUGGGGGAAGUUGGGCAAAGUGGAGGCGAAGAACUUCCAGCAGCCGCAAUUCUUUAAGGUGGUGAGCCAAGGCCGGGAGACGAACCAAGGGGCGGAGAGAAGACCCAGGCGCUACAAGAGGACGCGCUUUCGGAGGAGCAAGGAGGAGUGGGUGGUCCAGCCGGAGACGCAACGCGCCUCGGAGAACACCCGAGACUACCAGAGAACCUCCUAUGCUUCGGUGCCCGGACGCGGCUCCUACUCUAAGCGUUGGUGCAAGACCGAGUGGGGUCCUGUUUUCUGCUCAUCGGGCAUCAGUGUUUAUAACGAGCUGGCCAAGUUGGGUGACCCAAAUGUUCUGGAAAUGUUGGAGGAGGAAGUGCCAGACUCCAAAGCUUCCCAGGCAGCCAUAACCCCCAGCCAUCUGCAAGAGACUCUGCCUUCUGCAAAACGAUACAAUCUGUUCCUGACAAAGCGUCUUAUGUUUAUGAAAGAACUGCAAUGUCAAAGUUCUAUCUUCUUUAGAGAUGGAAUUAGGCAAAUUGAUUUUGUGCUUUCCUAUAUUGAUGAUCAGAAAAAAGAUGGAGAUAUAAAGGCAGAAAGAAGAAAAGUGUUUGAAAACAAUCUCAGAAAAAUAGGUCUUGAUUUGGAAAUUGAAGACAAAAUGAACUCUGAAAAUGGAAAAACUUAUUUUGUCAAGAUUCAUGCCCCUUGGGAAGUCUUAGUUACUUAUGCUGAAGUGUUGGGGAUGAAAAUGCCAAUUAAGCAAGAAUUUAUUCCCCGAGUUGAGAGAACCUCUUACCGGUACUCAAUUAUACCAUUUAGAUUCCCAAAGAAAGUGAAAAUUCUGUAUCCUGAAUCAGAUUGUUUGACUGCCCAAUUCAGCAGAUAUCGUCAGGAACUCUUCUGUAUUGAGGACAAGACCAAAUUCUUUCCAAACUCAUCAAGAAACAGAAUUGUAUAUUAUAUUCUCUCACGGUGUCAUUUUGGUGAAGAAGAUGGAAAUAAAAAGUUUGGAAUUGAAAGAAUGCUAAAUUCUAACACUUACAAAUCUGCCUUUCCACUCCACGAUGGCCAAUACUGGAAGCCUUCCCAACCUUCUGGUCCUGCCAAUGAAAGGUACACACUUUGCCAGAAGUGGGCUCAUUUUUCUCAUUUUUAUAAGGAGCAGCCUUUAAAUUUGAUUAGGGAUUAUUAUGGAGAAAAAGUUGGCAUAUAUUUUGUCUUUCUUGGAUACUACACAAAAAUGCUGAUCGUUGCUGCUAUUGUUGGCCUUUUAUUUUUUCUUUAUGGCUUAAUUUCAGUAAAUCAAAAUGUAGUCAGCAAUGAAAUCUGUGAUCCUAACAUUGGAGGUCAGAUUAUCAUGUGUCCACUCUGUGAUGAACUAUGUGAAUACUGGAGAUUAAAUACUACCUGUUUGGCUUCAAAGCUCCAUCAUUUAUUUGAUAAUGAAUCAACAAUAUUCUUUGCAAUAUUUAUGACAAUUUGGGUCACAUUGUUUAUGAAAUUUUGGAGACAACGACAGGCAAGACUAGGAUGUGAGUGGGAUCUAGUGGAUUUUGAAGAGGAACAUCAGCAACUUCAGCUGAGACCUGAAUAUGAAGCUCUGUGUAAAAAAAAGAAAGUAAAUUUUAUUACUGAGGAAUUGGAGCCUCACAUGCCUCUACAUAACCGUCUUAAAUGGUACUUUUUAUCAGGAGCCACAGUGCUAUUUUCAAUGUCCCUUAUCAUUGGGUGUAUGGUAGCUGUGAUCAUAUACCGUCUCUCAGUAUUUGCUUCAUUUGCUUCCUUCAUUGAAAGUGAAUCAUCCUUACAUCAAGUGAAAAGUAUCAUUACACCCCAGAUAGCUACAUCACUUUCUGGAUCAUGCUUGAACUUUAUUGUCAUCUUGAUCUUGAAUUUCUUUUAUGAUCAAUUUUCUGUCUGGAUUACAAAUAUGGAAAUUCCUCGAACUUACCAGGAAUAUGAGAGCAGUCUUACCUUGAAAAUGUUCCUGUUUCAGUUUGUAAAUUUUUACUCGUCCUGCUUUUAUAUAAUUAUCUUUAAAGGAAAGUUUGUGGGCUAUCCUGGAAAAUACCAGUACUGGUUUAACACAUGGAGAAAUGAAGAGUGUGAUCCUGGAGGUUGUCAAAUAGAAUUAACAACUCAGUUACUUAUCAUAAUGACUGGGAAGCAGCUCUUUGGAAAUAUUAAAGAAGUCUGUUAUCCCAUGACAAAAAAUUGGUGGAGAAGACGAAAAGUUAAAUCCAACUCUCAAAAGCUGUAUACUCGUUGGGAGCAGGACGAUGACCUUGAAUACUUUGGGUCUAUUGAACUAUUCUAUGAUUACUUGGAAACAGUUAUUCAAUUUGGAUUUGUUACAUUAUUUGUGGCUUCUUUCCCUUUGGCUCCUCUACUUGCACUCUUGAAUAAUAUUAUAGAGAUACGAGUGGAUGCCUGGAAACUUACUACUCAGUACCGGAGACCUGUAGCUGCUAAAGCUCAUAGUAUAGGUGUUUGGGAAGACAUUCUCCUUGCAAUGGGGAUCCUUUCUGUUGUAACUAAUGCUUACAUUAUUGCCUUCACAUCGGACAGGAUUCCUCGUUUAGUUUACAAAUUUACCCACUCAAAAGAUCCUGAUGAACCUCUGAGAGGAUAUGUCAACAACAGCCUGUCUGUAUUCCUCAUAGCUGAUUUUUCAAACCGAUCAGUACAUACUCCGUCUCAAAAGAAAAACUUCACUACUUGCAGAUACAAAGAUUUCAGAUUACCUCCUGAUCAUGAACAGAAAUAUGAACAUAGUAGGGAGUACUGGCAUACCCUGGCUGCAAAGUUUGCCUUCGUCAUAAUUAUAGAACACAUAGUGUUCUUAAUUAAAUUUGCGUUGGAUUGGAUUAUUCCUGACAUUCCAAAAGAUGUUAAAAUCAAACUGAAGAAGGAAAAGCUAAUGACGGUUAAGUUGAUCCAUGACUUUGAGUUAAAAAGAAUGAAAGAGAGCUUGAUAUCAAAGAGUGAUGACUCAAGCAAAGAUAGCUCUACUAAGGAAAAUUUACAAGAGACCUAA